AUGCCUUCUGAAUCCCAGUCAUCUCAAUGUUUCCUACCUCUAGAGGAUGGAUCUCACCAUGAGGCAAAAGCUGAUCCCUCUGCUGCCCCAAAACGUAUCAUCAUCUGCUCUGACGGCACCUGGCAGUCCUCAGUUUCUGGAUUGAAGAACAUCCCAUCCAACGUGACAAGACUCGCCCGCUCCAUCGCCCGCAGCAGCAAGGACAAGGACGGAAAGGUCUGGCAGCAGGUAGUAUACUACGAUGCUGGUAUUGGCACUGGAGAUCUGGGGCAGGCAGAGGCAAAUCGUCAGGGAGGUACAGGCAUUGGUUUUGUGGGCAAUGUCAUCGAAGCAUACAACUUCAUCGUCCUCAACUACAAUCUCGGCGAUGAGAUCUUUUGCUUUGGCUUCUCGCGUGGAGCUUAUACAGCUCGUGCGGUGGCAGGUCUCGUCACCGACAUUGGCAUCGUCUGCCCCAGCGACCUGCAAGAUUUCCCAGAUCUUUAUGCCCUGUACCAGAAGAACCCAGAUGGUUUGAAAUUUCGCAAGUCGCAGGCUUAUAUGGAAUGGGUCAACGGCGUGCCAUCCAAGAAGCAAGCCAACGGAGGAUCCCAGAUUCAGUCCCAGUGGGAUAGCCCUCCCCACCACGAUGCCCCUGAGGAAUCGAGAAUCAUAAAGGUUGUUGGUGUAUUUGAUACAGUUGGUAGUCUGGGUAUCCCCGAUUUGCCGUGGACACGCUUCAAUCUCAAGUUUCUCGAAAAGGCCGUUGGGAUUAGUGAGCCUGGCUUUCACAACAUCCAUCUCAGCCCUUAUAUUCAACAUGCUUAUCAUGCAUUGGCUCUUGACGAGCACAGAGGGCCCUUCUCGCCCAGUCUUUGGCAUCUCCCAGACAACAACAAAGACCAACGCUCCUCAACCCCUGACAAGGACUGCAAACAGCUUUGGUCUGACUGGGAGAAAGUUCGCAAGGAUUCCAAUGCUAGCAAAAAUGACAUACAAGAGGCUUGGGGUGCUGUGGUAGAUGGCGAGAUGCAUCAACAUCUUCGUGAUAGCAGAUCAGAGUUGCUGCAGGUGUGGUUCCCAGGUGUGCAUAUCAAUAUUGGAGGAGGGAAUGAUGACCUACUCACCGAGAAGAAGAGCGACUUUGAGCAAAUUGCACUCAUCUCAUUCGCCUGGAUGUGCGAGCAAGUCGCCCCCUAUCUUCAACUUAUCAAAGACGGCAACUUGGGUGAUCUAGGCAAAUCAGCAGUCCAAGACCGCCUCAAUCUUCUCAAACCCCUCUUGACCAACAUCCAAAGCGGAAGCGAGAAGGAUUUUGGCCCUGGCAUACUCACCAGCCGCAUCGCAGCCUCCCUAGACCGCACAGGCAUAAGGAAAGCAGACGUAAGAAAGGUUCCCGAGGAGACGAUCAGCGGCUGGGCCACAGGUCCCAUCGUCGACAGCUUCACCGGUGCAAUGAUAGCCAGCGGCUCUGUCGACAGGUUGCCCGGUAACUACAGCAAGGACGACAAAGGCAAGGAGCUGGGUAGUACGUACGAGAUGAUCCAUCCGUGUGUCAAAUACCGCAUAGACAAGAUCUCGAGUUACAAGCCCAAGGCUCUGCGAGGAUUCGAGAGAACUGCCAAGAGCGGCCAGGGGUAUGUGUGGAAGAAGGGCAGUGUUGAGAUUCCUGAGUUUGUGAUCAAAGCUGGAGAUGCCUUCUCGAGACAUGUUGCGGAGCAGGAUCGCAGUGCUGGUGGUAAUGCGGUGGACUUUCUCAAGUCGAUUGACAAAGUUUUGGGUUGA